AUGAAAGCUCAUCAGAAAUGUCAGAUUAGGAUUCCCCUCAGAAUUCUAAUAAGUUUAUUAUUGUGGUUGUUGUUGUUGUCGACGUCCAUCAACGCUCAAGACUUGAACGACAAUGGGGAUCCUUUAGGAGACCAAGACAAUGAGUCAUUGCUGGAUAACGACAACAAUGAUGUCGAUGGUUUGUCAGGCAAUGAGGAGGAUGGUGAAGCUCCGUGGAAUAAUGACAAUAAUGACAGUGACGGUUUCAACGACGGCAUUCCGUCCAUGGCCCCUACCAUUAGUGCCAGGCCUUCAAUUCCUGCAUUGGGAAUAGACGGAGACGGUAUUCCGUCACUGUCGCCAACCAGUGGUGGUGGUGAUGAUCAAUCAUUCAUGACACCGACUGCUUUUGGAUUUGACGAUCUUGAUGGUAAUGGUGAUGGCAAUGGUGAUGGUGAUGGCAAUGACGUUGGUGGUGACAAUGAUUCAGAUGGCGGGGAUGCAUCCGACGCGACACCAUCCAUGGCACCAUCCAUGGCACCAUCCAAGUCACUGUAUCCGUCUCAAUCGUAUACAUGGCCGGACGACGCCGAGAAUUCCCCAUCCGUGUCGUCACCACAGCCAUCCGGCGCUGAUGUCCUCCAUGUGAAUCC